CUCGUUGCCCAUACCUUUCGACUUUCGUCCCUCCCCACCACUUUGCCCAUAAUUCACUACUCCCCCGCCUCUACCUCUUUUGUCCGUAUCCCCUCCCUUCUUCAUAUAUUUAACUAUUCAAAGGCAAAGGCAAGUAGCUAGGUCGUCGGAGGAGAAAUAAUAAUGAAGAUCCGGUGCGACGUGUGCGAGAAAGCCGAAGCCAGCGUCUUCUGCAGCGCCGACGAGGCUGCCCUCUGCUCCACCUGCGACCGCCGCGUUCACCACGCCAACAAGCUCGCCGGCAAACACCUCCGCUUCUCCCUCCACCACCAUUCCUCCAAAGACUCCCCCCCACUCUGCGAUAUCUGCCACGAGAGAAGGGCGUUCCUGUUCUGCCGGGAAGACAGGGCGAUACUCUGCCGUGAGUGCGACGUCCCGAUCCACGCCGCCAACGAGCUGACCGGCAAUCACAGCCGCUUUCUCUUGACCGGCGUCAAGCUCUCCGCUUUUUCGGCUCAACACGACCCCGCCGCCGGCAACGCGGCCAGCUGUGGUGCAAAAAGGAACAGGGCGUCCCCGCCGCCGCCGCCGGCUGUGCCACGUAAUAAUAAUGAAUUUUAUUAUUGUGGCAAUAAUAAUAAUUGGGAGGGAGGUUCUCCGGCGUCGUAUAGUAGCUGUAGCGGCGGCGACACAACUACGGGUUCCGCUAGCAGCAUAUCGGAGUACUUGGAAAACCUGCCGGGUUGGCGGGUCGACGACUUUCUCGACCCGCCCGCUUCUCCCCUCUGGACGACGCCGUAUAUGUGACAGAGGAUGUGACCUUGUUUUUUUUUUUACUGCGGAGAAGGUCAAACUAACUCAACGAUGUUUGGACGGUGGAGAUUUACUGUUUUCCGCUCUGUCUUGGAUUUUUUUUUUUUACUUACUGCCACGUGUGGCGUGGGAGUGAAGUAAUGGUUCCUUUUUCCAAGACCAGAGCCGUGGGAAGUGAGACGUAGUCGGGAGAAGAAAGGGUACUUGAACUGAUCAUUUCAAGGAAGCAAGUCCAUGAGAGAGGAAUUGCAGCAACUACAAAAUGUGUGCAUUGUAAAUAGUUCUUGAGGUUUUUUCUCUUCCUUUGUUUCAGAGAUCUACUGGCCAUUUGUAUUGUUCCUUUGUUUACUUUUUGCAGUCAAGUCCCUGUUUGGUGAACCGGGUUCGGUUUGCUUCUUUUUGUAACGGGUCGUCGUCUGAUGUUUAUCACCGUGUUUCUUGUUUCAAAAUUUGACUAUCUCGUUAAAUAGUUUACAC